AUGGCCAACUCCAGCAGUGCAAUCGAGACUCACAAAGAUGUCGAAGCAAUUAAAACGACCAACGUUUAUACUAAUAGCGCAAAUGACCAGGAUGCACGCGGCAUUCGAUUUGUACCGCGGGGCGAGGCUAUGCCAGAGGCCUCAUCCUCGCAGGAAAGCAUUGCAGGGUACGAUGCAGAGCUCAUGAGCGGCCGAACACUACUCUCGGCAGAGGAGGAGAAAAAGCUCCUGCGCAAGAUUGAUUGGCGUUUGAUGACGCUAUGCUCCCUUAUCUUCAUGUUCAAGCAAUUAGACAGCCAGAAUAUAUCGAAUGCCAGAAUCAUGAAUCGGGGAACAAGCCACAACAUUAUGACACAAUUGGGCAUGACUGCGGACGAAUAUAACCUCGUAACAGUCGCCUAUUACAUCCCCUACAUUGUGGGUGAGGCGCCUUCGAACCUUUUACUCAAAUACUUUUCGCCUUCGAAAUGGCAAUCCAGAAUCAUGAUUGGCUGGGGCAUCUUUCUCAUGUGCCAUGUGCCUGUCAAAAAUAAAGGAGGCUUAUAUGCAACUCGCUUUCUUUUGGGCUUGGCCGAGGCAGGGCAAUUUCCUGGCGUCAUCCUACAAAUGACGUACUGGUACAGACCGGAUGAAAUGUCGCUUCGUCUGCUAUAUUUCUACAUUUGUGGAAAUACUGCCGGCAUUCUUGGCGGAUUACUUGCCUAUGGAUUUGACACGAUUUCAGGCGCCGGCGGGCUUUCAGGAUGGCAAUGGCUAUUCCUUGUGGAAGGGCUCGCGACGGUCCUAUUCGGCUCCAUAAUCUGGUUUGUUCUACCAGACUUCCCAGAAACUGCAAGCUGGCUCACCGAAAGAGAAAAAAAGUUUAUCCAAGCUCGUCUACCGGCAAACGCUCCUCGAGCUACCGAAGCCAACUUCAACUUGUCCGAGAUUUUUGCGUCUCUCAGAGACAAGAGGCUUUGGCUCUUCACUCUCAUCUGGGCCACCUUUACUGUCGGAACACAGGGUGUUACAUUCUACCAAUCCACCGUCAUCGCUGACCUUGGGUUCUCAACUAUUGCCCAAGCUCAGCUCCUCAAUCUUCCAAUCACUGUCACAGCCUUGCUCAUCAUCGCAGUCACCGGAAUCAUGGCUGACCGGAGAAAUAUCCCGAGGCCGCUGUAUCCUCUCACCUUUCUCGUCAUCAUCAUCAUCUGCUACGGGGUCUUUGUGGCCCAUCCAAGCAGCGCUGCCAUAUACGCAGUCACUUUGAUUGGGAAUGCCGUGACUGCGGCAUGGUUUCCAGUCAUGUGGCCAUGGCGUGUACAGACCACAUCCCACGCAACGGGCUCGGCCUUUUCGAUUGGCUUCGUCAACAGCUACGGCCAGAUCGGCGGCGCACUCGGACCACAAAUCUUUAGAAGCCGCUAUGGCCCACGAGGCGAGAAAUCCGGCCGUCUUCAGAAUCACUCCUUGGUCCAGCCCUCGACGUGGUUUGGGCACGUCUUUUUGCCGCAGUCGGUCAUCUUGACCGUGCCCGUGCUGGUGCUUGAACUGUACAUGCAUUCGUUGACGACUCCAUAG